AAGUUAAUAACUACCACAAGUAACAUAGACUGCACCAAAGGUUUAUAUAGGCAUUUAUAUUGGAUAACAUAAUAAGGUGUUAGGCGUUUACUCUUCAGCAUAUUUCUACAUUUAUUGCUACAAAAGAAUGGACUUCAAGAUAUUAGUUCUGCUUCUAGCGUCUACCACAAGAUGUGUCUGUGUGUUCAUAACCAAUCCUACCAGCAACGCUACACACACACAUCGCCUUUACACAGAACUGUUCGUUAAUCAGGGCUACAACUCUAAGAUUCCACCAUUCCCAUCUGAUCAAUCCUUUUUUGAUGUACACAUAACUUUCGCGCUUGAAACGAUAAUUGACUUCGAUCAGAUAACAGAAACAUUGAAGACAGCAUCUUAUAUGGCCAUAAAAUGGAACGAUACAUACUUACAAUGGAACGGAACUGAAUACAACGACUCAUAUUUGGAACACUGGCCUCAGAAUGAUGUUUGGAAGCCAGAUAUAGUUGUAGUCAAUUCAGUUAGAUCAUAUGAAAGUCUUGGACAUGAAACUUUAAUGAUAGACAAUUUUAAUGAAGGUUUGAUUAAGUGGUACCCUCUUGACAAGUUUGAAACGUCGUGUGAUAUAGACAUGACUUAUUACCCAUAUGAUGUACAAACUUGUGAAAUACAGUUUAUGUCUUGGAGCUACACUGAAAUUAAACUAACUGCAGAUCCAGAUCAUGUGUUGUUGAGCUAUUACGAUACCAAUCCUUUAUGGGAAAUCUUAGAAACAAGUGUAAAACAUUCAGAUAGAGCUGGCGUGGAUGUCCUAAUUUAUGAAAUAAAGUUGCAGCGGAAACCCCAGCACGCCCUGAUGACAUUAUUUCUUCCUGUUUUGUUGCUAACCAUUUUAGGACUUUUUGUGUUUGCUAUACCUAACGGGGGUGAUAGAUCAGGAUACGCGGUUACAGUUUUCCUUGCUUUCUCCGUCUAUUUAACUCUUGUAGAUUCUGUUAUGCCGCCCAAUUCCCAGAAGAUACCUCUCUUUUCGAUAUAUUUAGUAGUUCAAACUGCCCAGUCAACAAUCAUCACAAUUCUAUCUGUACUUUUAACGAAAGCGGAAUUUAUGGACAAGGACUCCACUGUACCACGUUGUCUUGUGUUUCUCGUUAGAAUUAGCACAAUGUGCUGUAGGAAAAAGUUUAAAUCUUGCAAUGUCGAUACAAAUGAAAGCACUGAAACAGAAGCAACUUCGGAUGACAAGAGCGAUAAGAAUAAGGAGACCAAAAUUGUCACGGAAAAACCACCUUGUACUUGGGGCAUGGUUGUCGACGCCAUUGAAAAAGUAGCUUCAGUAUUUUUUACUGUCACUUUCAUUGUAACAACCGUAGGUUUCUUUUGUAUUAUCAUUCUUGCAAACAAAUGACUGCUUCAAUUGAUGAAAACAAACUUAUUUAAAUUUCCUACAAUGAUAUUUACUACUUAAAAUGAUGUGUAAGUUUUAUCUAACAUUUGGAAGUUUGAAUAGAUCAUUCGAUGUCUAUAAAUCACAUGUUAAUCUAUAUCUUCUAGCGAGAUAGAAUUCAACACGCGUUCUCGGGAAUAUAUGUAUAUAUGUACCCCUCGAAGAAGAUAUUCAUAUUGCAUCAAUUGUUAGAUUAAAGCAGACCUCAAACUGUUGAGUUAAAACAAAAUCCAGGUUUGGAAAUUGAUAAAUUAUAUGAAUAAAAAAGUAUAGAAACUGGAAUGAUUGCUUCCUAACCAGGUGAUAUGAUAACAAAUUCUGUUAUGAAACUUUCGGCUAAUAGAAGAUUUCCUAUUAUGAUUGUCAAUAAUACGCAUAAAACUAUAAGACUAAAACGAGAUGCAGUAGUUGCUAAAUUUCAGAAGUUGAGAGCAUUAACUCGGUCACAGAGGCUCUUCAAACAACUUCUUCUCUUAACAACGACCUUGAACGUGAUAUUCAUAUACCUUCAGAGCAUUGUAAUAUUGUUAGAGACUUGAUAAGGAAAAAUAGAAAUAUUUUCGCAAAUAAAGAUUCUGAAUUAUCGCAAACAGAUACUGUAACCACGAAAAUACCAGCAGGUAAUCAUCCUCUAAUCUAAUAACGUCCAUACCGCACACCUUUCAACAAUAGAAAUUUUUUUAGCGACGCAAUUGAUGAGAUGUUAGAAGCAAAUAUUAUAAGAAGUCAUAUGUGGUUGUGGUCGAAAAACGUGAUGGUUCGAAACGGUUUUUUUAUUUUUGACAAUUAAAUAAAAUAACAAAGCCAACAUCAUUUCCUCUUCCACUAAUUGAUGAUAUUUUAACACUAUUUGGGUCGUCAAAAUAUUUCAAAACACUAGAUAUG